AUCAUCGCCGUUUCAUAUUUGUGAGACGCUUUGUAAAGGAGGAGGGAUAUUUUUCGACACUGUUUGCUACGGUAGAUCACAUUGUAGUAGUAUAGACAACCAUGCGACUGCGUCGGCAGUCUAGUUCGAUGCUCUUGCUGUGCUGCAUGGUAGCAGCCGCUUCAGCAGGUCAGGCAAGCACAAGUGAGAGCCAAACCAACACUACAGCUACAGCAUCCGAAGGAUUGCCUCCAAAUCCUGUGGGAGACCACGAGUCUGAAAAAGCCGUCCAAAGUUCCGAAGGGCUGCAGAAACAAGAUAGCAAAGAUCCAACAAAAGAUAGUGAUGAUGGGUCAACCAAGGCUGUCGAAAGGCCGCCUCAAGAUGAUCAAAAGCAAAUGAGUCGUGAAGAACAACGAAAUUGGAAGAGAUGGGUCCGUAACCUGCUUUUGAGAGAACACAUUCAAGAUUUUGUGCUUCUGGAUGGACUGCUAUCUCAUGCAUGGAACCGCAAGGGUAGACCCAGUCGCAAAAUGAGGGCCAAUGUGUUGGUAUAUCUGGAAAAUGAUGAUAGAAGAGCCAGGACGUUUGCCCUGGAAUCUGCCUUGGAAUCAUCCAGUCGGCACCAUGAUGUCAGCGGCAGCACCAUGAUGGCUCCACUCAAUUUUGAAGAAGGACACAACAAUCACCAGCUAUUUGAGGGGAUGAUUCUACAAGUAGAUUAUCAACGAGGAGAUGGCGGCUUUUACAAUCACUUUCACGACAAAUUGCAAAUUCCUGUCUGUCAGAAUCUAGAGACUGCAUCGGCAGCAUUGUAUGCCAUUGACACCUAUCAGCUAUUGGAACCUCUGCACUUGGAACUAGGGGUCAGCGCCAAACAUGCUAUCGAUUUUGCUUACACUCCUGUCGAACUGUCGGAUGUUCCCACUCGAAAGCAAGAAUACCACAAUGAAUACUAUUCACCCUUUGCCUUGGUGGAUGAACGGGCACAAUACACAGAUUCCACGUCUUGGUGGCAGUGGUGGCUGCCUUUUGGAACUAGAAAUUCGUUCUGGAAAGGACAUGAUGAACAAUACAAGAUGUCAGAGACGGCAUUUGCCGGUGGUUCUCAUGGAGAAGUUUGGAGAGGGAGACGCUUGUGCCGAGACGAGCACGGCAGUCGUCGCUGGAUGGGCUAUUCUUCCACGGUUGGAGAAGGUGCCACUUGCCGGACCACGCAGGACCUAAUUUUCAAGCGUCUAAAGGUGGAGCACGGCUACAGGCUUUUGGAGGCUGGUCUUCGCGAAGUGUACAUUGGCAAGCUCUUGGCGGAAGAGGAAUCCGCAAACGGUCUAUUUACCAACUAUGUGAAUCAUUUCUUUCGAGAAGUCCCAAAGAAAUCAACAACUCUCAACCCAUGGACAGAAGGAGAGAACGACUUGGAACUCUGGAUUGUCUUUGAAGACGCUGGUCCAUCCCUCAGAUCCUACCUCUAUGCUCCAGUAUCAACGGGUGACUUUGUCGUAUUCCAGCAUUCGCCCGCUUGGACCAAACUGAGACAAAGCGCAGCCAAAACCAGCAAGAGACGGAAAGCCACCGCGGAGAAAGACAUGUCCAUCUCUGUGAUUGUUGAUGAUGAUGUUGAUGAUGAUGACGAUGAAAGUCAACGGCGACCGAAAGGCAAAGCAGGCAACAAUACAGUCAGUGGCAGUGAAGUGAUGAAGGAGAUCUUGCGGCAAGUGCUAACAUCGGCUGCGUUUCUUCACAAACAUGGCAUUGUUCAUCGCGAUAUCAAACCUUCCAACACCAUGUGUAAGACAAACCUGGACCUUGACACGUUAAGAGUUAGGGGUGGGAAUGGAACCGAGAAACUCGAAAUUGAGUGUGUCCUUGGAGACUUCUCGAGUGCAUGGGACAGCUACACCGGCAAGAACUUGUACACCAAUGGACCCAGCAUUGAAGAACUAACAAUUGAAUAUGCGCCUCCGGAAGCUCUGUUGGGGUCGUCAUGGGAUUCAUUUGAAGUACGGAGACCACAGAGCUACGAUUCGUGGAGUAUUGGGGUAUUGGCAUUGGAGCUUCUGUUGGGCUCUCCCUCUGUGUUCUCGGUCGAUCAGCGAACAACGGCACUCUUAACCAACAAAAUGCAGAAGAGAGGUGCUUCGGAAAAGGAAAUCAGACGGGCGCUUUAUUUAGCAGCGCUAUCUCAGUUCUGCAUUUACGUUCCGUCGUCUACUGGAUCCAAGUCACAGAGACUGUCUUGGCCCCUGCGAAAGGGGGAUCCCUUGUACAAGAUUGCCAUGGUGAAAGAAUCCUGUACACUUCGUGAUUUUCACCAAGCCCUUAGGGCCAGGGAUCCUCUGGGCUUGGGCUUUGACCAAUCAACCGACAAUUUACUUCAACUGAUAUGGGGACUGUUGGCGUGGGAUCCCAUGGACAGAAUCACAGCUGAACAAGCACUUGAACACCCAUAUUUCACGAGUAGCCCGAAAAGUAAUUUGGUUCCAGGCGACCACAAUGCACUGGAAUCUCAAAUGUUGGAUCCUGGGAUGGACUUCAACGUGACUGACAAUGUUGAUCAGUUCAUCUGCCCGAAAUGCGGUCGUGUUUUCAACGAUUGGCAGUCUUGUCAUCACCAUGCAAACGCCCGAAAGCAUGCAAAGUUUUGCACCUAUGAUCGGAGCAAGUUGCCGUCUUCAGUGAACGCCCAUUCCAUGCUUCCCGCUCAUCCAAAAUCUGGAUACUACGACAUCCAAGGGCGGCGACCGACAAUCGAAGACUUCCAUUCAAUUCAUCUCAUUCCUUCCAAGGAAUUCUUUGCAGUUUAUGAUGGCCACACUGGCAAUAUCGCAUCAAAGUUCGCUGCCUCAACUGUCUAUGAUCACCUCACCAGUCGACUCGCAUUUUUGGAUGAGGAGGUUAUAUCCGGCACGGUUGGUUGGAAGGAAAGCGUGAAAAGGAACAUCACAGAAGCAUUUGCCGACAUACACCAGCAGUUCCUAAAAGCGGUGUCCUUUGCGGGGCAUGGAGCCAUGGACAAUUCUGGUACCACCGCAACGGCCGUCUAUGUGACUGAUGAGGCCGUCGUCGUUGCUAGCAUUGGUGACUCUCGUGCAGUCUUGUCAUCCUCCAAAGGGAAGAAUGAUGGCCGUAGCGUGAUUGAGAUGUCGGCUAUUCAGCUCACAAAAGAUCACGUAGCAUCCGACGCCGAGGAGGCCGCCAGUGUGAAAUCUCGUGGCGGCAAAGUAUCCGUCGUAAACGGCUUGGCUAGGGUCAACGGCGCGCUUGCCAUCACCCGUUCCAUUGGUGAUGCGCCACUUGCAAACGUCCUGUCUCGUGUACCACACGUUAUAUCCAUGACCAGAGCAGAGGUUCAAGACAUGUGUGGGACCAACGGACGAGAUGAAGUACCGUGCUUCAUCGUCUUGGCCUCAGACGGGUUGUGGGACAUGAUUUCCAACCAGGAAGCAGUGGACCUUGUUGCGCAAACAAUCUCAAAAUACCAAAGCAACUCUUCAAAUCACGUUGGCGGGGCGUUUCAGGAAGCCUCAGAAGUGCUCACGUUGGAAGCUUAUGUGCGCGGAAGCACCGACAACAUUGGCGUCUGUGUUAUUUCCCUGAACUGAGACAACAUUGGCGUUGGUGACAGUUCCCUGAACUGAGAUAACUUUGACUCGCAUAGGCCCUCUAUCACCAUCAUGACAUGCAGGGCUAUACAGCACAAGAGUCGGCUGUCCACAACGGUGCCUCUUCAUCGAGGAGGAUCCUACAAAUACAGAGCAUCUCGAUAUGAAGGACAAGCAGACCUUGAACGAACUACGACGACGGAUCACAACCAGCAUGCCGGUGGCAACGACUUACUAUGGCGAAAAUGGCUUCUUCGCUCCGCGGUACCGUAUACAAUGGAUGAGACCGAUGGGGGAUAUUGCUGCUGGCAUUGGUAGUAAUGGAAGCGAAACGCAAGCCGCAAUCAACCGGAGCAGUAUCCUGAGCUGGUUGCCAGCUGCACUUGUACUGGCUUCAACUCCAGCCGACUCGACUCAAUCAACGCAAACACCAGCAGCUGUUACGGUCAACAGCGUGUUUACCACGAAAAGGCAGACAGCCCGGCAGAAGAUGGGCACAGCGUUGUGCUGCAGAGCUCGGCUGUGGCAUUGUGACCGGAAAUCCCUAUGCCGCUGUACAUGGUGCUGUUUGCCUUUCAAUCGAGAUUGCGACGUUUGGGGCCUCAAAAUGGACCGCGAGCGUCGCAAAGCGUGUCCGUGGCGGUGCCAAAGGUUACAGCCUUGUCAAGGCAGCCAAAGGAGCUAAGCAGGCAAAAAAAAGUCAACGACGCCUGCAGGUACAGUUCGCAGAGCUCUCACGACCACCCGUGAAGUCGGAAACCUUUACAAAUAUGGGAAGUCCGUGGCAGGUGGAAUCUGCUAAACACCGCCAUAAGUAACGCUUCAGGCCAUCCAUCCGCUCAGGUUUCCUCCAUCAAGUCUCCUCGUGGCGCUACCGGCAUGGUGGGUAAAGUUUGCGUGAUUCGAUCUAUUUAAUCAUUCGACUUUUCGACGCAUGAGGAAAGCCAUCCACCUAUAGAGACGCCACGAUAGUUGAAGUGCGACUUGUUACUUACUGUAUGAACAAUCCUAAUACAAUAAGUACAAAUGAAGAUCUGGUUGCAUCUUUCCACCCAGUGGUCAUAUUGCUACAAGAAUUCUUGGCAUCAAGAACAUCAUUUGGGAAUAGGAAUAUUGAGUUUGUUGGCCUUGAGAAAGUCAAGGUGUUGCAAAAGAAGUUUAGCUUGAGGGGCAAGCAUGCCAUCCACGGAAACAACAAAAGGGUGGAAAGAGGCAUGACGCGAUUCGGACUGGCCUUUAUCAUUUGAGAGUUUCUCGCGUUUCUGAGCAUGCAAAACUUUUUGAGGGGAUCUUUGUUCGGGCAGGAGCCAGAGACCAAGUCGGUAAUGCGAACUUCAAUGAUGGCAAUAGUACCACGUUCAAAUAGUUUGCAAUCAACUGGAGAGGGAGGGAGGAGGGCAGUGGUUAACAAUGGAUCGUAUGGUACCUGCUACACCUCGAUCGAUUGAAUCGAACCAUUCAAGGUACUGCCAGGUAGCUAGCUGACCAUAUAGUGCUCUCAGCUGCUCAAGUAACCUGCAAUGGAUCUGCACUGCCUUCCUUGGAUCGAGCCACUGGCGAAUACUGUCCAGCAUCACCACUUCGAAUCUUCUGCCACUGAUACAUUAGAUCGAUUGUGAGUUCUGGUUGGAUUUGGAGUUACAAAAAUCCGUGUGGAAGCACGACCAAGGAAAGCUCUACAUACCUGUGCAGCAUACUCCUUCAUGCCGUCUCCAUAGACCAUGUAGGCGAUCCACCCCGUGAGGGCUGCAUAGUGGGUUUUGUGCAGGCCCACAUCGACAAUGACUGUAAGGAGAGCCACUACCACUCCCUUUCGUGGAAUAUUACCCUGCUCGGCAGACGAUUGGUGUUCCUUGGCCAGGACGGUCCAUCCCAUGACUGCCAAUUCAUGACCACAAACGACCAGCAUGAGUCCUAAAAUGGAAGUAGGAAGGGCUUCCAAAACCUUCAGCAGGUACUUUCCCAAGAGCAAUGCCAGUAUCAUUUUGCAUCCUCCCAGAAACACCACGGAAGCACCAUGUCGGGCCCCAAACUUGUGCUGUCCCGCCAAUCCUCCCGCUCCGUGACAGCAGGGCAUGGCUCCCAAGGGACACAAGAUCAAAUUCAUGAAUCCCACGCUCAAACUAACUUCCCGCCGUGAAACAACGGCAUCCGUGUCUGUGGUUGUUUUGCGUUUUUCGGGAUACAAGUUGUGGGCCAAGCAACACACGGACACGACCGAGUUGAGGGUUGUGAGGGGGAGUUGUGGUAGUGCCCCCUGGAGUAGCCCCCGCUUCCAAUCGUCCCAGGUGGCUCCCUGGAGUGCCCACACGAUAAUGGGUUGCCACCCUUGCGGGGUAGUAUCUGCUGUUGUAGCUUGGGCAAAUAGCAAAUGGAACAUAGCCAACACUAGUCCCAAUCCAAACAAGUAGAGCCCUACCGGUCGUGGCGGUGGUGCGGAGGAUGUUUUCCGGCUGUUGCUCUCCUCGUUCUCAUUGGAAGUUGUGGUUGUGGUGGUUGGAGCUGGAGUGGUUGGUUCCCUCAACAGAUACAAGCACGCAAGGGCUACGAUCAAUGCCAAACCAAUACAAUCGAUUUCACUCCACCACGAAAGUCCUUGAAUCAUGACGAGACCUCGAAUGGCAAGGUUGAUUCCAACUCCCAUCUGGAUGCCACUAUAGAUGUUGUUGUUGAAGAAGAUUAGGAGCAGUCAAAGAAAAAUGUUGAGAUCCCAAUACCAAACAGCAUCUUUUCCAAUAGACAUUUUUCGUUUCUUCCUUCCUACCUGACCACUGGCGUUGGCACUAGCCAAUUGACCAGUUCAAUUCCCUUGGUAAUACUCAAGGCAAUCAUGAAUAAUCCCAUGAAUAUCCCAGCAAUAGUCACUUGUGUCUUGUUUGUCAAUUCAUGAGCAAUGGCGGUCGCGGCAAUGGCUUUCAUGGGUUGAACUCCCAUGGGUACAUCCCAGGCACAUCCCGUCAUGACAUUGGCAAACCCCGCCCAAAAGAGUGUGGGAGCGAGUGCAAUGGCAUUUUGUCGUGCCAGUGCCACGGCGAGUGGAAUAAAGGUUCCCAAAUCUCCGACACUGCCACUGAUUUCGUGAAUGGUCAACUGGGAGUAGAGUUCUUUGGCUCGUGUGGUCCAUUUAUUAGUAAAAUGAGACGAAAAAUAAUAAUAAUGGGGUUGCGAGGACAACAACGGCUUCUUUUUGUUGAUUUUCUUGGGUCGUUUCGGCAUGGUAUCGUCGUCUUCUACUACUAGCAGUUCUGUUUCUUCUUCUUGAUGUUCUGAAAAGGCGAGGAGUCCUUCGUCUUCUUCUUCUCCUUCUGAUAACGAUGAAGGCAAUGCCACUAGUCGUUGUUGUUCUUUAGUAUUUGUUUGCUUCUUGUUAUUAGUGCCCUCUUCUAUUGGUAGGACGGCUGUGUCCAUUCUCUUACCAAUACAGUACUGGUAGCAAUGAGACGAUAUCCCCCGUUCUACCGGUAUGUUGUCUCCUUCGCGGUUUCCACUGUGUUCUGGAUCUUUUGGAUCUUUC